CGCUUUAACUACCAGUGAAUCACAUUACUGUUCUCUGAUUUCAAAAGCAAAGUAUUUAGAAUUGUCGUAUUGUUCUCUGGUUUUUCGCUGCAUAGUCAAGUGAAUCGUAACUAAAAGAAAUAAACAACUUAUUUGUGCACAAUUUUUAAAAAAUUGAGUUAAAACGAACUAAUGAAAAAAAUUAGAAAGACAAAAUUUCAUUUAAUUUUUGAUCUUCAAUCCAGUUUCAUUCAAAAUAAAAAUAAAUAAAAAAUCAUUUGAGGUUACACGUACACCCAAGUGGAGGGAAGAAGAAGAACCAUGCGGAAAGGUGACGAAAGAGCCAUGGCAAAUUGGAACCAGACACUUUGAAGAAUAUCCCUCUCCUCACUUGCUCCUGGGUCCCUCUUCCCAACACAGCCAACGAUUUUUUUUCUUCCCCUUCUUUCUCUAAAUCUAUCAGGUAAAUAAAACUGUAAUCUUGUGGAAUGCAGAAUUAGGUUCCUUCCAUUGAAAUUUGCAGGACAACGCCACAGUAAACUUCCCUCCAUCUCUCCUUGAUCUUUGUAAAGCUAUCUCUCUAUCUCUUCCUUCCCCCACUCAGUCCUCCGUCUUUCUCACGCGCAUUUCAUCAAACACAUGGACGGCGAUCCCGUCUGAACAAACCCUCCCUGGCUCCCUCGGUCCCUCCUUCCUUCCGUCACCACCCUCCCACCGCCGCCCAUCUUCCUUCUCUCGGGCGGAAAAAUCCCCAUUAUCUCCCAGCGCAUUUACCAUCUUCCUUUCCUUCCCUCCCCUCCCCUUCAACCCGAGAAUGGAGCGAGCCGGGUUGUGAAUUGUGAUACUGAUCCUCCUCCAAACCGGCGCUCUUCUUCUAUUUCUUUCCUCUUUUGGGCACGCGCAAAUUUCUCGUCUUUCAUGUGCUGGAAUCCUCUUCCUGCAUUCAUGGCGUAAAACCCCAUAGCCCACAAUUCAAUUUUGUUUGUUUGGGUCAAACGAUUUUGCUUUCUCCCAUCCAAAUUGCAUUGCUGGGUAUUGAGAUCUGUUGAAAACCGAUUAAACCCCCUCCGCCCGAAGCCUCUCGAUGCCAGGCCGUCGCGGGAGUUAGCGCUCGCAGGAUUGUGAUUGGGGUUCGUUCUUUCGCUUCUCUUUUCCGAUGUCGGGGGCGGGUCACGCAGUGGAACAGCACCGCCAACACCAUCACCAACAAGGGUUGCCGAAGAUGGAAGCGAAUAAUCCGAACCGCCGCAGCCCCAUUAAGAAAUCGGGUCCUGCUGUGACCAUGGAGCAUGUUCUACUGGCUCUCAGGGAGACCAAGGAAGAGAGGGAUGUUAGGAUUAGGAGUUUGUUCAAUUUCUUCGAUGUUGGGAAUGCUGGCUACUUGGAUUACGCCCAGAUAGAGACCGGUCUCUCUGCGCUGCAGAUUCCACCAGAGUAUAAAUAUGCCAAGGAUUUGUUGAAGGUGUGCGACGCGAAUAGGGAUGGGCGGGUGGAUUACACCGAGUUCAAGAGGUACAUGGAUGAUAAAGAGCUCGAGUUGUACAGGAUUUUCGAAGCAAUUGAUGUGGAACAUAAUGGGUGCAUUUUGCCCGAGGAACUUUGGGAUGCGCUUGUUAAGGCUGGCAUUCAAAUUGAUGAUGAGGAACUUGCACGUUUUGUAGAGCAUGUUGAUAAAGAUAAUGAUGGGAUAAUAACCUUUGAGGAAUGGAGAGAUUUUCUCUUGCUAUAUCCACAUGAAGCUACCAUUGAAAACAUAUAUCAUUAUUGGGAGAGGGUCUGUCUUGUAGACAUUGGAGAACAUGCUGUUAUUCCUGAAGGCGUCAGUAAGCAGGUCCAUAGGAGUAAAUAUUUCAUUGCAGGGGGAAUAGCUGGUGCAGCUUCACGCACUGCAACUGCCCCUCUUGAUCGCCUGAAGGUUGUUUUGCAAGUUCAGACAACUCGUGCUUCUAUUGUACCCGCUGUGAAGAAGAUAUGGAGGGAUGAUGGUUUCCGUGGGUUUUUUCGAGGUAAUGGGUUGAACGUGACGAAGGUGGCUCCUGAGAGUGCUAUUAAGUUUUAUGCUUAUGAGAUGCUGAAGAAUGUUAUUAGAGACUUCAAAGGGGGACAGGAUGUCGACAUUGGUGCAUCUGGUAGACUUAUGGCUGGUGGAUUGGCAGGUGCGGUAUCACAGACUGCCAUCUACCCAAUGGAUCUUGUGAAAACUCGAUUACAAACUCAUCCGUGUGAAGGUGGAAAAGCACCUAAAUUGGGAACACUUACUAGGGACAUCUGGGUACAUGAAGGGCCUCGAGCCUUCUACAAGGGUCUCGUCCCAUCACUUCUUGGUAUUGUUCCUUAUGCUGGCAUUGAUCUUGCUGCUUAUGAGACCUUGAAGGAUAUGUCGAAGACUUAUCUUCUACAGGAUAGUGAACCGGGACCUCUUGUUCAACUGGGGUGUGGUACAAUCUCCGGGGCUCUUGGGGCAACCUGUGUCUACCCCUUGCAGGUCGUCCGGACAAGAAUGCAAGCUCAACAAGCCAAUGAUGCUGCCCCAUAUAAAGGAAUGUCUGAUGUAUUUUUGAGGACACUUCAGAAAGAAGGUUACAGAGGCUUGUACAAAGGGCUGUUUCCAAAUCUCCUAAAGGUUGUACCUGCUGCAAGCAUAACAUAUAUGGUUUAUGAAGCAAUGAAAAAGAGGCUACAGCUCGAGUAGGAAAGCACCCUUCGCCAGAUGCCAGUAAUGGGUGACGACGACGACGACGGCGAAUAAUAUUUGAGACUAGUAAGUCAAGUAGGAAAUACAAUUGGUUCUUUUGGGACUUGCAUAAUAUAGACUGCAAAUUCCAGCCCCUUCAGGUUUUUAGGGGGGGAGCACAUAGUUUUGUUAGAUGAAGAGUUGAUCUCUCAUGAUUCAUGAGGCUUAUCUAAAGUAAGUUUGCCCUGGAUAAUCCCAACUUGCUAGCUGAUUUGAUGAACACCAAGCAUUGUUGAUCCAAACUUAUUUGAGUUGAAUAUAGGUAUGUCUGCAUACCUUUUGCGUUUCACCGUUUUGCUCCGGUUUGAGACUGUUCGAGAAACUCUGUCGAGGAUCAUGCCGUAUUGUUUCCAUGAUACAGUUUUGCUCUGGUCUGACAUGGUUUGAGAAACUCUAUUGAGGAUCAUGCCGUAUUGUUUCCAUGAUAUAGUGGCCGUGUUAGCAUUGUUGCUAACAUAACUUAUUAAGAGUCUUUUGGUAACUGCUACGAUUACGAUCCUAUCAUUUCUUUCCAAAGCAACUCCUCAAUUGCUUCCAUUUUCAGCCAUGGCGGUUUCGGGCUACACACCCUGUCAAAGCUGCGACGUUGCAGGGCAUGAGGGACAAUGUCUUCGUCUCAGCAAAUAGUAUAAUACUACUCAUCGGCUCCACUUCAGAAACCUAAAAAUAAUCUUCCUUUAUUCUUUGCUUACUUAUGACAAAAAGAAUCCGAAACCAUGGAUAUCUGCUUGAAUUUUACCUAAUUGGGUAGGGUAAAGUUCGAAUUGUAAGAACUUUCUGUGGGUACUGAUAAAAUCUAAAGUCGAAUAUUGUGAGUAAUAGGAGGACAUGGUUUUCUCUAUUAAACUCGAACCCGUUCGAAUAUACAUAUCCAUAUGUAUUUAGUCUAAUUAUUUUCGUUAUUUUUUAACAUAUUUUAUAUUUAGCAUACCAAUACAAUAAAAUCACUAAAUUGUAUUGGUUGAAAUUAUUUUUCUCCAUUCUAGUGAAUUAUUAGCAUACAUUUUUCACUUAUAUAAUGUGGGUAUACGUGUCAAUGUUAAAAUAAUGGUUGGAGUUAUAAAAAGAAAGUAUUCUCAUGGAUAACUGUGGAUACCUGAACCCGAACGGGUAUGGGUAUGAUAUUGAUUUUCUAACCAAUUCUUAUAUGGGUAUGAAUAUGGAUAACACCCGAAUUAUAUUGGGUAGGAUAAUGGAUAUUGCACUAUCCGUCCCCGACCCAUUGCCGUCCCAUGCGUACUCUUCAAAAUUCUACUUGUAUUUCCACCCACUAACAAAGGUCCAAUCUCUCACAUAGGCCAUUAAAAUUCAUUUGAUGAAGGAACAUUUGGUUCCUUAAUUUUAAUUUUAACAAAUGUUGACAAUGUUUUAUGAGUUAUUUUUUUUACUUUAUGAGUUUUGUGGUUUUGUUUAUUGUAUUUCCAGUAUGGUAUUAGUUUUCUAGUAUGUUUUAGGAGUUAAUAUAUUUGACUGGUAUGAAUUUUUUUCCAUAUUUAACUUAUUGACAAAUCUUUUCAAUAUAUAAUAUCGUGGGCUGAACUAAUUCUAAACUUUAAUAAAUUGGUCAAACUUGAGAUCAAUUAGCGUUAUGUUGGACGGUUAAAACCAUCGACUAACUGUUAACUCGCCACAUCAUUGCCAUGCCACGUCAAUAUGUUUUUACCUUAAAAUGUUAAAAAAAAAAUUCACAAAAUACCAUUUCCUAUUUAUUUCGACUGAAAUGAAGGGGUAAAAAUGAAAAAAAUAAAUCAACCUAAUCCCUGAAUAACCGAAUCCUCAUCCAAUCGAUGCCCAAUUCAUUUCAAUCACUAAAAAGGCUUUCAGCUUAUCGACAGAAGUUUUUGGAAACACACAGUUUCAUUGUCCAUAAUGGAAAGCGGUUAAUUAUUUCAAUUUAAUAACUCACCCAAAUUUGUCCUCUUCCUUCGCCAAUCUCCAUUUUUGCAUUGCAUGGGAAUUUGAUUACGGAGAAACCCUUUUGGCCCUGAAUUUGGAGUUUUGCAGCAACUGAUUGCAGCAGCAGCAGGGGGAAAAGAAUAUUAUCUUGUCCUCGUCACUGAAGGUUGAUACACACGACGGUUUUCUUUGUGGAUACAAUAAUGACUCUCCUCAAGUCUCUCAACCAUUAUUAUCGUCAUUUCCUCUCCCUACAUAUUAAAAAACCAUAGCAGCAGCCUUACCUAGCAGUAUUGUACAGCAGUAAAAAUCAUUUCAUCAUUGACAAAGAGAUCCAAAACUUUCUCUGAACUCUCUCCCUCAAUUGCUAUUCAGGCUCUCUCUAUAUCGCGAUUCGAUUCGAUCUUUCGGAGAGGAAGGGAUCUCGGGAUCAUGUAGUCCGGAUUAGCGGUUGAGGAGAUUGUUCUGGAAAAGUUUUGCUUUCUCGCUGAUCAGCUGCUUUUUUUUUUUGUUACGGUCAUUGCAUGAUCGAUCGCGGUGUAUAUAUAGGUUUGUUUUCAUUAUUAGUCAAUCUUCCUCUGUCUUCAUUGUUUCUCACUUUCAUUUCUGCUUUGCAGUGCCAAAAUGGCGAUCAAGAAGAAACCAAGCCGCCAUGAAACUUGUGUUGCUGUGACUUGAAUAUAAAUUAUCUGUCAGUCGACUUGAAAUCGCAAUAUAUGUUGAUGAUUUCAUUGUUGUCGAGAAUGGAUGAUUCCCAAUUCAUUUAGCUGAUUAAUGCACCAAUUGCUUCCUGGAUAUCGAGCUCGAACAGCAGAGAUGUGUGAUGUGUCCGCCAUAUUCUCAUGGAUUGUGAUCUUGAGGCUAUUGUUCCUGCUAUACUGCACCAAUAUUAGUUACUCUUACCAUAUUUCAGGUGAUUUUUAGUGAGAUAUCGUAUGAAUAAUUAAAUCUAAUUUGGAGGUGUGAUAUUAUAUCAUAAAUUCUAAUAGUUAAAUUCAAAGUUAUGAUUCUCUAAACUCAUACCCGAAAAUUAACUUAAUAAAAAAAUUAAUAAUCGACGAUUCUAAUUCGUUGAAGUACAACGAAGUGCAUCCAACAAACGCCAGUCAUUGCCACACACACGCGCACAUAUAUGUUUUUGUAUUUGGUGCACUCACUUUUUUUUGGGUGCAUGGCCUCACAGUCAUCAUUAUGGGGCAAAUGAUUCAUGUCAAGACGAUGUCGAUUGUCAGUUUUGAUAUAAUGGCCAAGAAAACACAUGAAUUUGCACAAAAAUCAUUCAAGAUUUACUUUAGUUGGAAAGGCUUUUGGGAUUUAGCGUUAGGUUUUACAAUCUGGGGUUUAUGGUAAGUCGGUUAGGGUUCGAAAUAGAAGAUUUAGGGCUUAGGGUAAUGAAUUAAUUAGUUGUGAUCCUAUUCUAUAUUAUCAUAUUAAACUAAUGUUACCAAUUAAAAUUGAAAGUUCUAUAUGUGAAGCCUACUUUUAAAGUUGGGUGCAUAUUAUGUACUCAUUUUCGUGAGCAUAUCGUAGAUGCCACUAUAUAUGUGUUACCUUUUAUCGUAUCUUGAAUAAAAUCAAAUGUAUGACAUACACCGAGCAAGAAAAUGAUAUCGAAUUAACCCAAUUUAGGGACAUGAUACUAUAAUCUAACCCUUGAUUAGUGAACCCUAGGUUUUAAUCAUCUACAUUACAUUCUCGUUCUAUAAUGAUUUGAAUCAAUAUUUACAUGUAUUCCUCCUAUUUUGAUCUUUCUAAAAUAAAUUUUCCAUUCCAAAAGUACUUUAAGGCUCUGCUUUUCAUCUAUUUAGACUCAAUUAUUCAUUUUACUAUAUUUUUCAUUCAUAUAUAAAGUGUUUUCUCUAUGUGUUUCUGUAAAAAAGUUUAAAUUUAUGC